AUGUUAACCAUAUUAGAAAAGUUUGACAUUUUUGGAGUUCCUAUAAAAUUGAAAACUAUAAAACAACAAGAAUAGUUUAAGACAUCUUAGAGUGGAAUGAUAACGAUUAUAAUUAUGAUACUUAGUUUAGCUUAUUUCAUAUAUGUGAUAUUAUUAUGGAUAAAUGGUAAAUUAAUUCCAAAAGUUACAAGUUCUCAAAGAAUGAUAGAAUACACUACUUAUGAAUGGGAAAAUAGUGAGAUUUCUUUUACUCUUUAUGAUUUAAGCACAAAAAUAAAUCCAUUUACAAAAGAAAAUAACAUUAUUAUGCCAGUUUUAAUAGAGAUUUCUGGAUUAUAUGUUUCAGCUUAUCCUAGAAUGUUAUAUAGCACAUUGUAAGUAGGUGGUGAUAAGAAUGUAAUAACAAUAGAUAAAGGGAAAUUAGUUUUAAGUUAAGUAGAUGGUUCAAAAAAACCAGAUUAGGAAGACAUAAAGUAAUAUUUUAUAUUUUUUACAAAAUGUCGUUCUGAUUGGAUGGAAGAAGGAGGAUAUUGUGCAGAUCAAAAAACAAUUGAUGAAUACUUCAGCACAAAUCAUGGAUUGCUAUUUUUGUCCAUUAAUCUAUAAUAAUAUAAUUACGAAACUUUAAUGUUUGAAGAAAUUAAAAAAACUUAAUUCUUUUCUUUUGAAGAGCGCAGCCCUUUUUAUUCUUAGGUUAUUUUAUAAAAAUAAAAAACAACUGUUGAUGAUGGAAUAUUGUUGAGUAAUCUUGAAACAUUUGAAAUGAUAAAGGAUUAUGAAGUAAAUACACAAUCAGUUUCGAUAAAAUUUGCAUAGGAUAUAAUAAAGACAAGAGAUAAUUCUAAAUUUGAAUUUGACUCAUUAUUUACAUUUGUUUUUAGAAUUGACAAUAUAGAGACAAAUGAAAUUAUUCUUAUGCCAAAACUUGGAGAAGUAUUAGCUUAAAUAGGUUCUAUAGUCAAUAUAAUAAUGUUAUUAAAAAUACUUUCUAAUAUGAUUAAUACAGCUAUGUUAGAGAGUACAAUACUACAUUAAAUUAUUGAAAUAUAUUAUCCAUAAUUUAAGCAUGUUUAGAUUACAAGAAAUUUUUUAGGAUAGAUUAAAUAAGUGCAUUACAAAGGAUUGGAAAUAAGGUUAGAUAUUUUUAAGUAUAAAUACAAUUAAUUAGUUGAUAUAGCAAGAACAAAAUUUACUUUUAAUAAUCUAAUUUAAGAAUUAUCUCGAGUUUAAUUGGUAUUAAUAAAUUAGAUAGGAAUGGAGAAUAUUAAAAAUAUAUUUAAGAUAGAAGAGGAUUUAAAGUUUUUUGAAAAUGAUCGAUCGUCUAAUUCAAAUUUAUAAGUUUAGAAUUUAGUUACCGUAUCUCCGGAAGAAUCUCCAAGGAAACUAGAUUUUGAAAGAUUUGGAUUGUUUAAUUCUGAGAUUUGA